ACGGGCAUGACGAGUACUGUGUCACGGAGGCCGCCUAUCUCCGCAAAGCCGAAGCGCUCACAAAGAGCUGCUUUGAAGACAAAAAGAAGGUCCCUUGCUAUGGGCGUUACCAAGAAAGGUACAGAGAAUGAGAAAGGAUUAGAUGCAGUCCGGAACACAGAGAUGCAAGAACACGCCGCGGUAACUGUGAAUUUAAUUUCAACAAGAGCGGUAAACAGUGAUGAAGAAAUGGAAGAAAUCGGCGAGGACCCAGAGGGGGAAGAACGGGAAGCCGCCGGUGGAGAUGACGACGAAAACGAGGAUCAGGACCACAGCGAUGUUGAAUCGUUUGAUUUCUUCACAGAAUCGUCCAGCGAGGUGUCAGAAGAGGCAGUUCUGUUACCGAACAUUUUAAUCCCUUGUACAAGGUGUCAUGAUGUUAUUAACAUAUGUCGCCUGCCAUGUCACCGGAAUUUGCACUGCGCGUUACAAACACUCAAGUACGCACAGGAUCAGAGGCCAAAAAACAUCAGCGCUUUGGUCAGGCGAAGGAAACUAUUGAUAAAACAGCAACAAGAUGCCAGUUCAAAAAGACGACAAGAUCCCUUUGGUGACAAGCAUUUGCAUAAAUUAAACACGGCGUUUGAGUUCCUAAGAACAGAACUUCAAGGAACCACAGAUUUGCGAUAUCUUAGUGAAAGGGUAAUUGAAGAAAUAAAAGUAACUGGCGAGAGCUUCGAUUUGUCUUGCUCAAUUGCAGCUGGAGUUUGCGAGGAAGCAAAUAAAAGGUGGAAAUACAUGGAGGAUGUGCACAUCUAUAAAGACAACUUUUUGAACAACAUAAAUAGGGCCUGUUUCUUGAGAGUCCAAGAGCUGACAGAGUUCAAUAUUGCUUUUCAUGUGCUUCUUGGUGAACCAGACAAGGUCCUUCAGGAUUUUGUGAAAUCCAAAGAAAUUGGUGGUGUUGUGGCAGACUUUACACCUUUAAGGAAACCUCUUAAAUGGGUGGAAGAUGUUGCCAAGAAACUCCCAAAAAAUGUUCCACUUUGUCAGCUGUACAAUCUUUCAAAUCAUGUUAAGAAAAUUAAGAAACUUAUUUCUUAUCUGAAGAAGAGAAGCAUCCUCUUUUCACCAAAGUUCAGGUUCAUUAUCUGUAACUUUCCAAAGGCAGUGGAUUGGGAAGCAGUGGAUAGUUUCAUUGAUGUUGAUCGUGCUGUUAAAGAUGUUGAUUGGGCUAAAGCAGGAACUGAGGCUGGUCUGGAAAUGUUGGAAUCAUUCUGUAACAGCAGGCUCAAAUAUUUUGCAACAGAUAGGAACAAUCCCACAAAGGAAGCUUUAAGUAACUUAUCACCAUGGUACAUUAUGAAACAGUUACUUGACAAUAAAAGGCUACAACUUCCACAGCCAGGAAUGGAAGCUGUGGCAAGUUAUUUGGAUUUGAACACUGAUCAUGUUGCCACUCUUGAUCAAGAAAAUAUCAUAAUUGCUGAAAAGGUUAGUGCCAUGUUCAAUGCAUGGAAACAUGCACAGGGAACAAAUGCAACUCGCAGUAAACUAGUGACUACUUUGGUUGGUGUUAAAAGAAAAGACUUGGCUGAAAAAGUUCUCACCUACCAGAAGGAAUGA